CCCGGGGAGGCCCCCUGCGCGCAACCGGACCAGCAGCAUGAGCAGCGGCUACAGCAGCCUCGAGGAGGACGCGGAGGACUUUUUCUUCACCGCCAGGACCUCCUUCUUCAGGAGAGCGCCUCCGGGCAAGUCCCGUUCGGGUCAGCCGGAUGUGGAGAAAGAGAAGGAAACACACAAUUACCUCAGCAAAGAGGAAAUCAAAGAAAAAGUUCAUAAAUACAAUUCAGCGGUCACGGACAAGCUGAAGAUGACCUUAAAUUCAAACGGGAUCUACACUGGCUUCAUCAAGGUGCAGAUGGACCUCUGCAAGCCUGCCCAGCUCCCUCCCAGCCCCAGUAGCACUGGAUGUAUGAACACACUUCACAUCAGCAGCACAAACACGGUGGGAGAGGUGAUCGAGGCCCUGCUCAAGAAGUUUCUGGUGACCGAGAGUCCCACCAAGUUUGCGCUUUAUAAGCGUUGUCACAGGGAAGACCAAGUGUAUGCCUGCAAGCUCUCGGACCGGGAACACCCGCUGUACCUGCGUUUGGUAGCAGGGCCCAGAACCGACACACUUAGUUUUGUUCUUCGAGAACAUGAGAUUGGAGAGUGGGAAGCCUUCAGCCUCCCGGAGCUGCAGAACUUCCUGCGCAUCUUGGACAAGGAGGAGGACGAGCAGCUGCAGAGCCUGAAGCGGCGCUAUUCAGCCUACAGGCAGAAGCUGGAGGAGGCGCUGGGCGAGGGCUGGAAGCCCGGCUAAGGCACAGGGCUCUGCCUGCCCGGAAGGCACAGCUCGGGACGCACGAGAGAGCCGCAUCGAUUGCCUCUCUCCUCGGAGAGCUGUCUUCGUGCCUUCCUCUUUUCCCUGUAGACACAGUUCUCAAAGCCUGGUCACGCACCAUCCUGCGCCUCACGGAUUGGCACAAGGGACUCUGCAAGCUUGUUCUGUUUUGGCAUGGCGACGUUACCUCUUGCGAGCUGUGAGCCUGUGCUCGUCAGGCGCAUCCUGGAGCGCUCGGAAGCUCGGACUCCGGGUUGAUGCUCCCUGUUAUCUUCUAGUUACUUUAAUGAUGUGAUUUCGGUAGCUUCAGGAUGCGAAGAUGAUCUUUAAAGCUUUACUAGGCGAUCUCAAGUCCUACGGUGAAACCCUGCUUGUUUUUGUUCUCUGUCAGAACAGUCUACCCACAUGAACUGACGGACACAGGAAUUCAGGAACUCUGGGGGAUUGGGAAAAGAUUUUGGAAGAGUUUUGACAAAGAAAGUAAAGAGCAUGUCGGGAAGGUAGAGGGAAGGUGAGGGCCUAGGGCUCGGGGAGGUAGCAUGGUUUCUAAGUUAGUAUCAGAGGAGAAAGGUGUAUUUGUCUGUAAAGGAGCUAAAAGCAUUCAGGGUCAGUGUUGAGCUCAGUUAAAGAUUGUUUAAUUUGUUAGUGGUAAAAUGUGGGGUCAGAGCCAAAGAGCCAAGAGCUAAGCCCAAAGGAGGGAGGAGGGACUCAUGAACUGCAGCCGACCUGUAAUGGAUUUAACCUUGACCGAGGUGGUCCGCAGGUAGGCUUGCCUCAGCUGGACCUGACCUGUGCAUCCGUUCCCGGAUGGCCUGGGGUUUAGCUGCUCUGUGGAGGUGGGGCCUGACCGAGUGCUGAUUCCUGUUAAUGUAGAUCCCCCCCCCACACACACACACACACACACACACACACACACACACACACACACACAUACACACACACACACACAUACACACACACACACACACACACACACACACACACACACAGAGGUUGCUCUCAGAGUUAAAAAGGAGUUUGGGUAAGAGCAGCUGCUUCCCCUCAGCUGUUAGCUAGGAGAUGUAGCAAGGCCGGGGCUCACAGCACACUUUGUGGGGCUCACAGCACACUCUGUGACAAUCACCCCCUUCCUGUUAUUCCACCCUUCCUUUUCCCUGCGCCCCCCCACCCCAGCCCCAAUCACUCUCCAGAGUUGUUCUUAUGAAGUAGAAGACAGGGAUGUUGAUUAAAGGCCAGGUCCUACUGCAUCCUUGCCUCUUCAGAGACCUAAGGGCCCCAAGGAAGGAAAGGCCACACCCAGCUGACCGCACCACAGGCGUUCAUUAUGGAAGUAUUUUAACACAAGCGUGCAUGUUCCUUCCAACCAAAGAGACGCGUGUGCAAUAGACCAGGCGCGAUGGGCUCUCUUCCCAGAGCACCCUGCAAAUCAGAGAGCGGCGGGCACGGUGUUCGCGCUUCCAGAGGGGCCUUCCGGUUGGUCUGCCUCUAGUCUAGAUAGAUUUUGUUGUUUAUAAAUUCCCAAGGAAUUGUUAACACGGUGACACCCGAUGGAAUCUUUUGGAAAUUCCGAGGUGCUCCCGCUCUUUGCCUUUCUAUGAACUGUGCCUUGGAUGGAGACACUGUCCCUCCGGGGUGGCUCUCCUGACUUCAUCAGAGAACGCCACCCCGUGGGAGGCAGAUCCAAGCUCCCGAGACAAUCGGAUCUUCUAAGCUAUUAGGAAGAGUUGGGGGAAAAAAAAAGAGUAGAGCUAGCUAUAAAAUAUGAAUGGCACAUCUUGUUUAAUUUUGCAUGUGAUUUCUUCUUUGCGCAUCAGUGAGGUUUAGUGACAUUGUCAUCCGACACGCUGCCUUUGUUCAGGGAAUACCUCCAUGGUUCCUGUACCGGUCUUACUCUUCAGACUAUGGCUUGGGUUUGUGUAUGCCGCCACCAGCCACCUGGUCUUCUAAUUCCUCCUCCCAAUGUCCUCAGUGUUUGUGAGGCGUUAGUUUCUCAGAUUUAGACACUGUUAGAACCUGAAGUAGCAGCUGAUGGGUAUCUGUGAAAUUUUUUUUUUUUUUACUUGAAGUAGACUGUAUGCAAACAGCACCCUCCUCUGUAUUCAUCCAAGCCUCGCUCCGUGGCGUGUGCACUACACUUUGAGACUCGGAAGUGUCACUGUAUUGAAGAUCUGCCCGUCCUGAAGACUGAUGUUCUCUCCCAAACACUGGUUACUACAGCAGCAGUUUUUCAGAGCACAAAGGAAGAAAAAGAGCCCCGGGGGCCAAAGAUCUUUUUUUUUUUUUUUUUUUAACCGUUGUUCAGAUCCUUCGGUAAAACAAAACAGCUUUGCUGUAUUACUGUUUUCUCUUCGGAAUGCGAUGGUACAGGAACGGUGUUGAAUGAAGGGGGACCGCAGGGAAGCUUUUUAAAUCUAAAGUUAAACGCUAUAUUUAUAAUGUUGAGGACUUUUAAGUUUUAUUUUUAUAGGGCAGAUUUUUUUUUCCUCCCCUGAAAUUGUGUCUGGAAUGGCAAAAAUUGUUUCUAUUAUUAAAAAAAAUUUGAAGUCGUCAGUUGA